AUGUUAAUGCUGUACUCUGCAACACAGCCCAGCAAUCUUGAGAAAAUUCUUUCCGAGAAUUAUUUUAUGAGAGCACAGUCAAACCCUGUUCAGAUAUCAAAACAUGGCGACGUCUUUGUUGUUGAGCACGGCAAGACUACAGUUUACCUGCCGGAUGGGUCUUUCUUCGUUUUUGAAGAAAAUAGCAAAAUUACCGAAAGCUUUGCGCCGAGUUUGCAGAACCCAACAAAAACAUUUGAUUUGGCACUGCACAUCUUUACAAUAGAAAACACCGCCAAUGCAUCGUUACACAUUGACCCGCUUAGCCAACAUCUCUUAUUUAGUCAAUCACCACCUCCCAAGUUUAAGAUAAUCAACGCUUCAAGUUGUGAUAAAAGGCUAGGAUGCUUCUUUGUUUGCAGCAGUCUUAAGGAAAGAAACAUUAUAAAAUCGAUCAUCAAGGACUGUGAAUUUGUGGAGAUUGGAAAGGAUUCUGAGGAUAUUUACUGGAAUAUUAUAAAGAUGAUAAACUAA